AUGUCGUAUUUACGUGGUUCUGCAAAUUAUGUUUGGUGUACAACAAGUGUACUUGGUAAAGGUGCAACUGGAGCAGUAUUUCAAGGUGUUGAUAAAAAUAAUGGUCAACCAGUUGCUGUUAAAACAUUUAAUCAAUUAUCACAUAUGCGUCCAAUGGAUGUACAAAUGCCAAUUGAAGAAGAACAAGAUGGACGUGGUAAAGUAAUUGUUAUGGAGUUAUGUACUGGUGGUAGUUUAUUUAAUAUUUUGGAUGAUCCAGAAAAUACAUAUGGUUUAUCAGAAAAUGAAUUUUUAUUAGUACUUGAACAUUUAUGUGCUGGUAUGAAACAUCUUAGAGAUAAUAAUCUUGUUCAUCGUGAUUUAAAACCAGGUAAUAUUAUGAAAUAUAUUGCUGAUGAUGGUUCAACAAUAUAUAAAUUAACUGAUUUUGGUGCUGCUAGAGAAUUACAAGAGGAUCAACAAUUUGUAUCACUUUAUGGUACUGAAGAAUAUUUACAUCCUGAUAUGUAUGAAAGAGCUGUAUUACGUAAACCAGUUGGUAAAACAUUUGGUGCAACAGUUGAUCUUUGGAGUAUUGGUGUAACAUUGUAUCAUGUUGCAACUGGUAAUUUGCCAUUUCGUCCAUUUGGUGGUAGAAGAAAUAAAGAAACAAUGUAUUAUAUUACAACUAAAAAAUCAUCUGGUGUUAUAUCAGGUAUUCAAACAUCUGAAAAUGGUUCAAUUGAAUGGAAUCGUGAUUUACCAAAUAAUUGUAGAUUAAGUUAUGGUAUUAAAAAAAUUGUAACACCAUUAUUAGCUGGUUUACUUGAAGUUGAUCGUCAAAGAAUAUGGAGUUUUGAUAGAUUUUUUUCACAAGUUACUGAUAUAUUAUGUAGAAAAAAUUUUCAUAUAUUUAAUAUUCAUACAAUGCAGCUAAUUAAAAUAUAUUUACAUCCAGAUGAUCAAUUACAUGUGCUACGUACAUCAAUACAUGAACAAACUGAUGUAUCACCAUCAACACAAAUAAUAUUACUUGGUGAAAUACCAUUUACAAAUAUUAUCAAUGACACAACACCAGUUAGAGGCUAUCCAAUAUCACAAAUUACUAUUGAUACACCAUUAUUAUUAUUUUCAAAAGAUAAUAAUAAUGUUGUACCAGCUGUUAUUAAUGUACCAACAAAUGAUUCAACAUCAACAACAACAUCAACAACAGCAACAACUGGUACAUCAAUUGUAUCAUCAACAAUGAAUAAUGAUAAAAAUAAAUUUACUGGUGAAUCACCAAUAAUAUUUCCAGUAUUUGCAAAUAUUGUAUCAGUUGAAAAUGAUGCAAGUCAAGCAAAAUUAACAUGUUCUGUUGGACAUUCAUGUAAACGAACAAUUGAUAGAUUAUCAUUGUCAAGUAAAUUAUCACAAGAUUCAGUUAAUUCAUUUAUUGGUUUAUUGUCAUUUGAGUUGAAACGUUUAGUUGGAAAAACUGAAAGACUAAGAGAAUUAACAAAUACAAUAAAUAAAAUAGCAAUAUCUGUUGUUAGAUGUGAAACAUUAGGUAAAUUAAUAAUAAAUAAAUUUUCAAAAAUAGAUAAACAACAAGAAUCAAUGGAAAUAACAAGAUUUUUAAAUGAUUUAGAAAUUCAUGAUUGGAAAAAUGAAUUAAAAGAUAAAAGUAAACAGUUGUUUGGUGAAAUUGCACCAGCAAUUGGACAAUUAAAUCAAAAAUAUGUACAUGAUGGUAUAUUAAAAGCUGAAUGGGAUUCAUCAACAAGACAAUUAUCAUGUCCAUGGAAAAAUAAAACAAGUCAAAGAGCAACAACACUGGUUGAUAGAUUAAGAGAUGGUUGGCAACAUUUAUUACGUGAUAGAGCAACAAGAACAUUGACAUAUAAUGAUGAACAAUUUCAUGUAUUGGAAAGAAUAAAAGUUACUGAAACUGGAAGAAGAAUGAAAUUAUUAUUAGAAAAUGAAUGUAUACCAUCAAUAAUACAAAGAUCAGAAUCACUUGCUGAUUGGUAUAAAAUGGCACAAACAAUAUAUUUACAAUGUCAAUUGCUAGAUAAAGAUCUUGAUAAUUAUGAGGAUAUAUUAGAAAAUUAUUCAUACAGGCUAUAUCAAGAAAGUGCUGAAAGACAUGAAUCAUUAUUAGAAUUAAUUGAAAGAUUACCAAAUCGUCAAUCAAGUGAACAAUCAUCAAAUCUUCCAGAUUCAAUACGUGAUGAUGGAGCUAAAACAUGGAGAAAUAUUUUUUAA